AAGUAAUUGGAGCAAGGUAGCAGCAGCUACUGAUUUCCUGUCACCUGGUAUCUACUAGAGAUAGCAGCCCCCGGCCUAGUCUAUUUCAUUCACCUUCAAGUUCUUGAGCCACCAGAAGCAGCAAACUGAUCAGCCCUUGGAGCCUGGAAGCCUUGAAAAUUGGAAGUCGUGGAAGUUCAGGUAAAAAUCUGAGUUUUGAGAACAGAAAAUGACGACACCCAGAAACUCAGUGAUUGGAAUGUUCCCAGCAGAGCCCAUGAAAGGCCCCGUUAGGCUGCAGGCUACUCCCAAAGUAAACCUCAGGAGGGUGUCUUCCCUGGUGGGCCCCACGCAAAGCUUCUUCAUGAGAGAAUCAAAGGCUCUGGGGGCUGUCCAGAUCAUGAAUGGACUCUUCCAUCUUGCCCUGGGUGGCCUGCUGUUGAUCCCCACUGGGGUCUACGCACCCAUCUGUGUGACAGUGUGGUACCCGCUCUGGGGAGGCACUAUGUUCAUUAUUUCUGGAUCACUCCUGGCAGCCACAGAGAAAAGCUUCAGGAAGAAUCUGAUCAGAGUAAAAGUGAUAAUGAACUCAUUGAGCCUCUUUGCUGCCAUUUCUGGAAUAAUUCUUUUGAUCAUGGACAUACUUAAUAUUACAAUGUCGCAUUUUUUAAAAAUGGAAAGUCUGAAUCUUAUUAAAACUCCCGUGCCAUAUGUUAACAUAUACAACUGUGAACCAGCUAAUCCCGCUGAGAAAAACUCUGCAUCUACACAAUUCUGUUACAGCAUGCAAUCUGUUUUCUUAGGCAUUUUGUCAGUGAUGCUCAUCUUUGCCUUCUUCCAGAAUCUUGUAACUGCUGGUAUUGUUGAGAAUGAAUGGAAAAGGACUUGCUCCAGGCACAAAGCUAGUGUGGUUUUCCUGCCAGCUGAAGAAAAAAAAGAACAGACAAUUGAAGUGAAAGAAGAAAUGUUUGAACUAACUGAAGUAUCUUCCCAACCAAAGAAUGAAGAAGACAUUGAAAUUAUCCCAAUCCAAGCAGAAGAAGAAGAAGAAGUAGAAGAAGGAGAAACAGAAAUAAACUUUCCAGAGCCUCCUCAAGAUCAGGAAUCCUCCCCAAUAGAAAAUGAAGGCUCAUCUUAAAC